CACAUGAGAAUAUUGGGCGGGUGUGACGUCUUUGCGUAUGACAAUGCACACGGAAUGCUAGCCACAGGAGGCUAUGAUGGCCAUAUACGCUUGUGGCGGCCUUUCCACUCGCCGGAACCGAUCUGUAUAAUGAAAGGACAUAUCAAACCAGUAAUACAACUACUGAUGUUGACGAACCCAGCGGAUUUUCUUCUCAGCCUGUGCAGAGAUGCGGUAAUUCGGGUAUGGGAUAUGCUCGGCCACUCGUGUAUCCAAGUGCUGCAAGCAUUUCCUCUGGUCAAGGAUGACUUCUACAACUGUUUGAUGCUCCACGACACUAUCCACGACCGAUUGGUGUUCUCUUUUGAUGAAAAGAUGUAUCAUGUUCGCCUGGCUGGCCCCAGGGAUCUUGGACCACGCAGUCAUGCGGCAACAGUGACUGGUUGUGUGUACAAGCAGUCCACCGAACAGCUUAUAACCGCCGCGUGGGAUUCAUCAAUUAGCUUCUGGGCUAUAUCAAGCGGUCAGCGUGUACACAAGGGUGUCGUGGUAUUCCAAAUUCUGACAUGCAUGCAGAUGGAAGGCUGUCAUCGCAAGGCUGCCAUCACAAGCCUGGCAUUGAGCGUCAAUGAAAAGUUUCUGAUAUCUGGUGGAGAUGAUCGCAUCAUCAAAGUCUGGGAUGUUAGCACAUACGGCAUUGUUCAUGCUUUUGACCCGGAGCACUGUGUUUGCGGCGGGGCUGUGAACUCACUAAUUGCCAUGCAGGGCAAGGUCAUCGCUGUCGGCUGGGCAAGAUUUCUCACGCAGUACGAAGUAAAUAGCUGCUCAAGUUUUGUGAUACACCCCACCUUUCUGGACAGUGCAAAUGGACACAACACAUACAUCUGCCGGGCGGUGGUCGUCUCCAAGGCACACAUUGUCACCGUGUCCUUCAAUCUGGAGAUCAUAGUGUGGAAUCUCCGCACCGGAGCGGUCGUGUCACGCAUCAACUGCAUGAGUGAGUCAUCACAGCGGGUGCGGCACACCUCACAGCAUGGCCGCAAGGACAACGUGCAGGGCAAAAUCAGGACAGGACCAGCAACUCUCCUGAAAAUGUUCCCGUUUUCCGUUCAUACCACCAGUAAGGGUGUCGCUAGUAAUAUGAGCAUGCCUAACAGCCUGUCUACAGCGCAGGAAAUCUAUGAAGGAGAUCAGUCGGCUAAAGUAAGGAGCAGGGGCACUGCACAGAGCAGGGCCACUGCACAGAGAGGCCGAGCAUCAGCCUUCCGUCGUCAACCUCGUGUGCCCAGGCGUCCACUAAUUCUACAGGAUCCAAAGGACAGACUCACAAUGGCGGGUCUCCGCGGUUCUCCUCGACGCUCCGACCAACUCAGUAAGGGCCAGAGGAGGUUAGUACAGAACAUCUCAGAGCGUGAGUACAUGCUGGAUGCUGAGGCAAUGGGAAAGGUGGGCAGCAACGAUGGACACUACUGCUCAUCUAAACAGCACAUUGACGCCUUUCGAGUAUGCUGCGCGAUCUACUUGGAGGGUCGCAAGGGUACCCACGCUAACCUUGUCACAUCUGGUCAUGAUAGACAUGUGUACUUCUGGAACUUGAUCACAGGGAGAUGUCAAACAAAGUUUUGUCCCUUCCCUGAAGUGGGAGGAAAUGGGUUUGUAUUGUGCGCCGGCAGUCCAGUUGGCAGGUAUUUGGCCACGGCGAACGACAAUGGCGAUGUGAUUCUAUGGAGUUUGCACCAGUAUGCAACUGUGAAGAAGCUUUCCGACCUGUUCUCCAGGCCCCACACCGAGGAUGUGGCACCAAAGCGACAUGUGGCAUGGAGGGCUCACGGUGAGGAGAUCUCCUCCCUUCUGUUUGUGCGCCACAUUUACAGCCCACUGCUAGUUACGGCUAGUGUGAGUGGUGUAGUGGGGCUGUGGAACGUCUCGGGAGAGAGCAUUGGGCUCUUUGGCCAGAAACUCCAUUGGGAUCUGGAGAAGAGAGUCACCGCAACAUACAAGAGGACACUGGCCUAUGCUCGGGGGAACGUACGAGAAUUAUCUCCUAGUAAUCGUAAGGCGUACACGGUAACACUAAAACCAGCCAGCGGCACUUUCCGGUCAGACUAUACAGACCAGCAAAACAAACACGUGACCUCUGCUGCUAAUGGCAGAUUUCCUUCUGGCCCAAAGUUGGCAUUUGGCAAUGCUGGAUCCUCUGAUGCCAACACAACCUCAGCAAAUGAUAGGAAGAAGCAGCAACCUAGCAAUCAAAAGUCAACUGCCAAUGGGGUGUCGAAGCCAUCAUCUGACAGAACUAAGGCAUGUGGCACUGAAAGACAACCGGUUUGUGCAGGACAGCAAUCUAGUUCUGCAAAACAACCGUCCACUGCUGAGAAACCAUCGACUCGUAAUCGUAGUGGCCAGCCACCGACUGUGGGCCAGCAAUCCUCUCCAGGCAAUCGCAGGCCAUCUGCUGCUAGUAUACCAGUAUCACCUGCAAGCCACACUCAGUCCUCAUCACACUCAUCUCAUGCUCAUCAACACCAGCCAACUGGUCAACGAUCAGCAGACAAUAUCCAGAUACAGGAUGGUGGAAAGCAGAGCCGUGGUUUAGGUACCAAACCACAGCCAGACAACCGCAGAUUACCUGCCACUGGUGUUACAAGAAAGGCAUCCUCAAGCCUCCUUAGGUCAUCUGAUGGUGGACACCCUACUUACAAGCAGAAUCAAAUGUUUAGAGCACGUCGACAAUCGGUCUUAAAAGAAACCCCGGCCGUCGAACGUCUGUCAUCUGUGCAGCGAAGUCAAAGUUCCAUGGAGCCAAUUUCGGAUGCACAGAAACUGCUGGUAUACGUGGGUUCUAAAUCAGCGAUGGCGAGGAGGAGUUAUGAAAAGUCACCAGAAAAGGACCAGACACCAUGUCUGACUAUUGAUCGGCUUACGGUACAUGACGACAGACUAAGCACAGAACGGUCGAGGACGAGUUCACUGCCGUUGGCCAUGCAGGUGACCAUGAGGAGUGGCAUAGGUAUGGUGUGGAAUGACGAAAUACCCACCACACAGGCUGUGGACGACUUGUACUGCGGGUACGAUUUGCCGUCUUGUGAAGAAGCCAAAGUCGACGUGGCAGUCCAGCACACUCCUACUCAACGCCAGGCAGCACGUCUAAAGUGGGAGAACGAGGGUUUCAAGGAGAGUGCGGAUCAGUUGCUGAAUCACGAACGUAGAACAUACAGGAAGAACUCGAGAAGAAGAAGCAGACGGAGGUCUUCUUCAGGAAUUCCCAAAGAGGAUGACCCACUGUAUAGAGAGAGUGACGUUUUCUCCGAUGCAAGUGAUGAAAGUCUGUUCAGUGCAAGUCCCAGAGCGGCCAGUCGCCAACAUGCCGCCGCUGGUGCCGGAAUUAUUGAGAUGCGUGACGGCGAUGGCACUUUCAGGAGCAUCGAUCAAGAAAGUUUUCGCAGCCUUAGCAGAGGAUCUGAUGCUCCCAUUGCGCACCGAGUGAACAACACGCAGCCACAGCAAGAUCCGGUAAAGGUGCCACUAGUGUCCAUGGCCGCCAAACAUACCCAGGAUCCAUCCACUGCGUCUAGUUCCUUCACGCGCACAGUGGCCACUGUGUCGUCCGGGUUUGACCAUGACACACUCAACAAGCACCAUCCCGGCAAGAGGCGUAGCAAGCCUCCGUCACUGCAGACCAGGGUUUACGAGGAGGAUUCCGACGAACCUCAGGAAGCAUUUUGGGAUAGAGAUUCAGAUUCAGAAUGAAGAGUGAUGGGAACCCGAUAUAAAACAGUUUUUAUGCAGUCUUUGAACUUGUAGUGGUGCUUUCGCACCGGCUGGUAUAGUUCAAUUCAGCAUUCAGUAAAACGUGUGAGCUCUACUUCUAACAAAAUGAGAAAGCACACUGCAGACACAAUUGUAAACUAGUGCAAGAUGUGAAUGAUGUUCUCAUGAAUGGUGUGCGAAAAAAUACAAAUAAAUAAUGGUGCAGUCGCCAGUUGAGGCAGCUCAAGAAGCUGUGUGAUG